AAUGCCACAGGGUGAGAAAAACACUCAUCAUUGCCACAGCCUUCAUCAGACAAGUACUCAUAAUUGCCAGAGGCUUCAUCAAAUUUUGCAUCCGCUAAGGGGAAAAUCACAUCCUUGUCUCAAAUUUCGUCGUAUUUUGCACCCAGCUCUACAACACAUUGAUGCCAUCACUCAAGAGUUGGCGAAAGCCAAGGAGGAGUACCAGCUUUUCAAACAUCAUCUACAAGCAGGAACAGAGCAGCCUGCCUCCCUUCAUGUUUUACCAAUACCUACUGAUCAAGGUAUCACCAUGCCUGAUUCUUCCCACCAUGCUUCACGUUCCAAAGAAAUAAUGGUCGGAAAACAGGAUGAGUUCGAGAUUAUAAAGGAGAAGCUAAUCCACCAUCCAUCUAAGCAACUAGAAAUUGUCUCCAUAAAAAGUAUGGGUGGUAUUGGUAAGACAACAUUAGCAAGGCAAAUUUAUGAAGAUUCAUCAAUCACCUCCUACUUUGAUAAGCGAGCAUGGGUUGUCGCAUCACAAAAUCACAAUAAGAGGCAAAUGCUCUUAGGCCUCCUAGGUUUCAAAGACAAUAAUGCAGGCAGCAACAGUGAUGAGGACCUAGCAUUACAACUCUAUCAAAGUUUGAAGCAUCAAAGGUACUUGGUUGUGAUGGAUGACCUAUGGAGUGGAGAGGCAUGGGAUGCUGUCAAAGCUUGCUUUCCCGAUGAUGGAUAUAGUAGUCGAGUAUUGUUGACUACUCGCCUUGCGGAGGUGGCUAAUUAUACUUGCUCCAAAGAUGACUUUUCUCAUCAAAUGCAAUUCUUAGAACAAAGUGAGAGUUGGCAACUAUUUAAUGAAAAGGCAUGUGAAUCUCGUAGUGCUGAAUUUGAGACGAUUGGGAGACGGGUAGUUGAAAAAUGCAAAGGACUGCCUUUGGCAAUUAUUGUGGUUGCAGGCCUUUUUUCUAAACUCAAGACUCUAGAUGAGUGGAAGAAUACUGCCAAUGCUCUCAGUUCUUCUUCAAAAACUACUCUAGAUGAUGAAGAAUGUUUGAAAGUACUCUCAUUGAGUUACAAUCAUUUGCCCCACAACUUGAAAGCUUGUUUCUUAUAUUUGGGAGUUUUUCCAGAAGAUCACGAUAUCAAUGCUAAUCAACUUGCAAGGUUAUGGCUUGCGGAAGGACUCGUAAAGGCAUUUGAGAAUGAAAGCUUUGAUGAAGUGGCUAAGAGGUACGUGCAAGAACUUAUGGAUAGAAACUUGAUAAUUUUAAGCAAGCUAAGUUGUUGUGGAAGAAAAAUUAAGAGCUUUACGAUGCAUGAUUUAUUGCAUGCCUUUUGUAUGAGAGAAGCUCAAAACGAGAACCUUUUGCAUGUUGUCAAGAAUGAAAAUAGUUCUUAUUUUCCUCAAAAUGGUUUUCGCUGGGUAAGCAUCCAAUAUGUAGAUUUUAACAUGUCUACAAUACCGCAUUAUACUUGGAAAAGCUAUAGAUCGUUCUUCAGUUUUUUGUGGGGGGAAUCAGUUUCAAAUUUUAGAAAUGGCAAUCUACUGAGAGUACUCUUCCACUAUGAUGCAAGUGUCAAGCUCCAAAAUAGUGUGGAUACUGUCCAUUUGAGAUUCCUAAGAGUUGGAAAUGAAAUAGAACUGUCCAGGACUCGGGGAUUCCUAAAGCCAAGAUGUAGAGAGAGUGUAGGAUUGUCAAGGUCUUGGAAUCUUCAAACACUUGAUUGUGAUGGCAGACAGACUAAUGCUUGCAUUAGGAACUUAGCCUAUUUAGAGAAUCUCGAGGGACUUCGGUUUUCAUGGUGUAGUUGGUUUGAUAGACAUACUCCAAUUAAUAUUGAUAUUAUUCUCCUGAAAAACCUUAGGAUGUUGGCAUUGGAUAAUAUGAAAUUUGAGUGGAAGCAAAUUAAUAUUCUUAGCAAGUUGACUAAGCUAGAGGUGCUCAAGUUAGUAGAUAUGUCUGGGGAAGGCAAAGAAUGGGAAUUACAAGAGGAAGUGAUAUUUUGCCAGUUAAUUGCUUUACUUAUUUAUAAUUGUGAUCUCAAGCAUUGGAAAGCUAGUAGUCACAAUUUCCCAAAACUUGAGCACCUAUAUAUUGGGUAUUGCUGUGAAUUGAGAGAGAUCCCAAUUGACUUUGCUGAAGUUUCAACAUUGAAGUCAAUCAAAUUAGUGACAUGUCUUCAUUCUGUUGCGGAAUCUGCCAAGAAAAUUCAAGAUGAGCAACGUGACUAUGGAAACAACGAUAUGGUUGUUAUUGCGGAACAUUUAUGGCCUGUAGGUUUCGGAAUGGAGAAUAGCCUGAAUGAAGAAGAGCAAGAAGUGGUUAAUUUAUAAUUGAUACCUUCCUUGUAUUCACUUUCAAGAACACAGAAUUAUAAUUACAUACAUACAUACAUGACUGUAUUUACAGUUUGAUUCAUGCAUUUGUGACAG